AUGACUUUACGCCAGUCCAGUGACAUGACAAAGUUCAAAGAAUGUCUAAACAAGGCAAAAGAGGUCGUCGUUCUAUCGGGAGCCGGUAUUAGUGCGGAAUCGGGAAUACCUACCUUCAGAGGUGCAGGCGGUUAUUGGAGGAAAUAUCAAGCAGCCUCACUGGCUUCACCAGAAGCAUUUCGAAAUAAUCCUAGUUUGGUCUGGGAAUUCUAUCACUACAGACGGGAAGUUGCUGCGAAAGCGGAACCGAAUGCCGGGCAUAAGGCUGUAGCAGACUUCGAAGCCAAAAAUUCUUCAUCAAAGAAAGUAACUUUGAUAACGCAAAACGUAGACGGCCUGCAUGCUAGAGCUGGGACGAAAAACUUGAUUGAACUCCAUGGAAACUUGUUUAAAACUCGUUGCACUAAGUGUAAAGAAGUUUUAGUCAAUACUGACACACCUAUAUGUGAGGCUUUAGCUAAUAGAGGUGCCCCUGAUUCUACUGUUGUUGGUUCUGAUAUUCCGAUUAAGUCAUUACCACAUUGCAAAAAGGGUUCAUGCGGUGGGUUACUACGACCACAUAUUGUCUGGUUUGGUGAAAGUCUUGACCCGAAUGUUUUAAAUGCAGCAGAAGUAGCAAUGUCAACCUGUGAUAUUUGCUUGGUGGUUGGCACAUCUUCUGUUGUUUAUCCCGCUGCAAUGUUUGCACCUCAAGCAGCACAAAGAGGUGCAAUAGUAGCUGAAUUUAACUUAGAACCGACCCCUACAACAUCCGAGUUUCACUACUAUUUUGAAGGUCCAUGUGGAAAAACUCUGCCUAUAGCACUUAAUAUAUAA